AUGGCCAAUGCCGCGGAGCUCAUGCGGAUAUGUGCCCCACUGUACCCGUCCAUCGCCCUGGAGAGCAUGGCGAACAUCGGGCUGUUUCUGUUCUUCUCGUAUUUGUCCAUCCUCAUCUCCACGAAGCAGCAGGUGAAGACGCCAGGGAGGGCGAUUUGUCGGAUGGUAUGGAGCGGCCUUUCGGAGUGGGCGGAGGACACUUGGAGGGUCUUGCGCAGGUGGCCUCACAUGCACAGAAUGGAGCUCGGCCAACGUUUCCGCUACUGCCGGAGGCUCAACGCGACCAUCUGUCGAGUAUCAGCUGGCAUCGCGCUCAUUACGAUCACCCGAUGGUUCCACAUCAACAACGUGAACGGCUUCCGCUACCUCGGGUACGCCCUCACUUGCCCCCUGAUGCAGGCCGAGCUCGUGCUGCUCAUCGCGCCGCACAUCUGGUGCUACAGGCUCUUAACGGUCUUCUCGGCCGUCAUCACUUUCGGCAUGCUCGUCACAGGCUACGCUGCGUCCCAGUUCGAGGGGCAGAUGUGGAAGAACAGUUUCGCGGACUUCUAUGACGAAGUCCUGGAAGGUAACCUGGACAGUCUGACCACGAAGGGAUGGUGGUUGAUGCCGAGCAUGCUGGCACUGUGCUUCCUCUCCUUUGUGCAGAUCCCAAUGCUUGGCCUCGUGUACUACUGGAACGGCGGCUCGAAGAAUGAAGACCUGCCGAAAGGCUUCCCUAAGCUCCUGUUGAUCACGUCUCUCUCGUGGCUGGGCUUCCCCAUCUGGUGGUUCCUGUCGUUCGAGGGGGCCAGCAUCAUCACGGAGACCAGGUGGAACGCCGUUGGUUUUGUGUGCCUGAACAUGACCAGCAAGGGCGGCUUCACCCUGCAGAUGCUGAGCAUGGUGAAGGCGUGGAAGCGCCAGCAGGCCCAGAAGCCAAAGCCCCAGGCCCCCCCGCAGGCCAAGGGGCUGCAGGAGCGCAGGCUCAGCAGCGCGACGCUGCCCGACUUGGACCCCCCUGCGCAGAAGGCCGCCCCGGAGGCCCCCGCGGUGCGGUCCGCCAAGAGGAUCCAGACGGGCCAGUCGCUGCAGUGGUUCGUCGACGCCAUGAAGGAGUGGGAGCCGCAGGAGCCGACCCCUGCCGCGCAGAAGGCGAGCACGGGGCCAGAGGCCGAGGUCGAGCGAGUGGUGAUCACGGACCCGGGCCAGCUCAACGACGAGCAGCUCAUGCAGGAGUUGGGGAAGCGCCUGGCCGCGCACGGGCCGAAGCACGCGCUGAACCACUCCAUCCGCCAGGCGUGCACCAAGAUCCUCGAGGGCGAGGAGAGCGAGGUGGAUCGCCUUCAGCACAUGGAGCUGCGGCUGCAGCCCGCGAGGCCCUCCCGGCUGCGGCGCGCCUCGGAGGAGUGGGAGGGCGCCGCGGCCGCGGCGGCGCAGGGCUCCACGGGAGCGUGCGAGGCCCCGCCGCCGGCGGGCUCCCCCGAGGGGCCCGGCGGCUCGCCGGCCGUGCCGCCCGAGGCGGAGGCCGCCGGGGCGGGCUCGCCUCCGAACUGGGACGGCGCCCACGCCGACCAGGAGUUCCGCGCCGAGCCGCACUUCCGGAAGUUCUCGCAGUUGGUCGCCGAGCGUGAGCAUUUGUGGGAGGAGGAGCGGCGGUGGUUGCAGGAGCUCGCGAGGGCCGCGGAGGCGGAGGCCGCGCGGUUGACGCGGCAGCGGCGGGAGACGGAGGAGGGCGAGGUCGCCAAGCUGGAGGAGGAGGAGCAGCAGCUGCGGCGCGACAUCGCAGAGCUGAGCGACCUCGAGGGGCACGCGGUGCGGCACCAGGAGGCCGUCGCCGCAGCCUCCGAGGCGCACCGGGCGAGCCAGGCGGCGGCCAUCGAGGCAGCGGAGGCGACGGGGGCCCAGAACCUGGUCGGGACGCGCCUGGAGCGGGCAAAGGAGCAGGCGCAGCAAGCGGACGAGGCGCCGCUCCGCCCCCGUGGCCUCGGCCAAAUUGAGAACUCCAACGGCACGAGCCUCAGGACCCUGUGUCAGACCAGCGACCUCAGUAUUGCUACCACUUACCACAUCGCUGAACCCACAUUCUACGGGCAUUCAGCGGUUGCCUUCAGGCAAGCCCACGAGCACGAUCAGCGCUUCGCCAUGGCAGCAAUUGACCACUCCACCCUGACGCUCGAAGCUGCCGACGGCACCGUCGAAGCUGAGAGCGCCACAGGCGCUCAAAUGGGCUUCACCCUCUGCCCGAGGCAUUUCAACGAUGCAUACAACCUGUACGUCGCAAAAUGGUGGGAACAAGGCCGCACGGACCCAGACCAAAUUAUCCACGACACGACUAACCCAGUCGCAGGCAGCACUCACGACUUAUCCCUCAACACGCUCAUGGACGACACCACCUAUGUGCAGACGAUCCGACCCGCAUCGACGGCUGGGCUGUACACGGCCACGGUAUUUGCCACCAAGACAGGCGGCCAGGUGGAGCUGCGGGACCAGCUGAGAUCGCUCCAGAGGCUCACCCUCCAGAACUCGAACGAGAUCCGCAAUUUUUUGCAUCUCACGGGAGAGUUCUGGCUGACGCCGCUCGAGCCAGACUGGGUGCAGGCGCCGAUGGAGACAGGCAAAGAGUACGGACGGAAGGUGAAGCAGUUGGGCAAGGGGCACGGCCUCGGCCCACCGCACGGUCAGGUAGCGGCGAGCCUGGUCGAGGAGAUCGUGGCGGUGCUCGACUCAGAGGAGCAGAAGCUCGACGCGUCCCUCCUCCACGCGAGGCAGCUCCUGAAAGAGUUCAUGAGCCAGCUCGACGAACCCUGGGGACCAAUCUUCAUCACGGAGGUCUUCUUGCAGUGCAAGAUCCAGGAGGCGUACAACAAGACGGGCGAAGACGUGGAGAUGGACACCAAGCAGUGCAAGGCCAAGCUCAUCUACACGAUCAACACGGCGCCGAGCUUCCGGGCGGCGCUGUACGACCAGAAGCUCGAGCAGGAGCAGUACGACAAGAUCUCGGGCUUCAAGGGGGACAUGUUCAAGCAGGCACUGGGCCACGCGCUGGCGCACCUCGGGGCCACAAAGAGCCGCUCAGGGGGCCCGAAGACGGGCCUGGAGAGGGCCGUGGAGGCGCAGCUCAACAGGCCCGCAGCCCAGCGGCGCCUCCAGCUCGUGGUCGAGCAGCGCUCCCGAGUCACGCCUCAACUCCACGGGGCGCCCUCGUGCCUGGCCACCAUCAUCGCCGCCACCGUGGACGGCGGCGCGCCGCGCCGCACUGUCGCUGCCGUGGCACGCUCCGCCGCGUCGGCCGCCGCCUUCGCGGCGCGGCCGAUUCCGCGGGAGCCUGCCGCCGCGGGCGGCGGAGUGCGCCUUGAAGUGCCUGCCGACGCCGCGCCUCGCGCUUCCUCGGAGGCGCUGCGCGAGCGGCGGCGCAGGCGCCGUCUGAGGCGCGCGGGGCGGCGCGCACUGGAGCGAGGGGAAGCUGCGGCGAUGGCGGAUGCAGUGGUGGCGGAUGGCCCGCCGCCCGCUGCGGCCCCCGCUGCCGCUGGCGGCCCCAACUCGGGCAACGACGGCGGCGACGACGUCGAGUUCGACGACGCCUGGGCGGACGAGGCCGCGCCGAGGAGGCGCAGGCCGCGUCGUGCUGGGGCGCGUGCUGCCGCGGGAGGCCCUACAGGAGCAGGCGGCGUGCCGCUUGCGGAGGCAGGAGCUGUACGUGGUGGCGGCGAUGCUGCGGCGGCGGCGCCUGCGGUGGCUAUGGCCGCGCGGGCGCUGGCGGCGACUGGAGCUGAUGGCGCGGGCGUCGCCCCGCCUUCCGCGGAGGUCGCUGCGCCCGCUGCUGGCGCGCAGGGUGGCCACAUGUUCUCGCCUCAGGUGAAGGCGGAGCUCGUGGCGGCGACGGCGGCGGGCGACAACGGCCGCAUCACCUCCAUCAUCCUCAGGGCCGCCGGCGGCAGCUCGAGGUGA